AAGCCAACAGCAGUGUGUGCUCUGAACGCAUUGCUAAAGCCAAGGACUAUCCAAAAAUAUCAAACCAAUUAAAUCGGCUAACGGCUCCUCUCCCCGUCCCAACUCAACCAAUAUUAAAAUGUGCGCGAAAUUCGUUUGUGUUGUGCUCGUGGCCAGCUUUGUGUGCGGCGCUCUGGCUCUGCCCUCGCAGGACAGCAGCGAAAAGGACUUAGUGAAUUUGCUCAAUAAGCUGGAUAACGAGGAUUCGAUCCCAUUGUUUGGCGGCCUGCGCAUCGAUCGCACCGAAACCGGUCGCAGCUUCGGCUCCGCCAAGGGUCUCGAAUCGUUCGAGGAUCGUGCCGAACGCUAUCUGGAAACGCACGAGCUGAAUCUCUCGUUCUCCGGCGAUGAGCAGGAUGAGAAUGCCGAGAAUGCAUACAGCGGACGUGCCAUGGAGGAGUCGCGCAGCAAGCGCAUGAAGAAGAUGCUGCUGCCCCUGCUCUUGAUCUUGAAGCUGAAGAAGGCGGUCGUCGUCAAGGUCCUGUUCACCAUCAUCAAGUUCAUCUCGCUGAAGGCUCUGGCCAUCUCCUUCCUUGCCCUCAUCCUGGCUGGUGCCACCUUCUUCAAGGACUUGUUGGCCAAGAAGAAGGACCACAUCACCACUGCCUACAUUACUGGCAGCCCAUUGAACGCCGAGAUCGUGCACUCCGACUGGAACCGCAACGGUCAGGCCAGCGCUGCCGACUUGGCCUACAACCAUUAUGGUCUGGCUCAGCCCUUCUAAGCAUUUCUCCACAAUUCAAUCCACCAAAUCAUCCAGGAACAUUCCAUUAAAAUUUCUCCC